AUGGACGAAGUAUUGAUGGAGGAAGAGUUGGGCGUGGAUGAAGUAGUGGUGGACGAGGAAGAAGGAAUGGACCUGGAGGUCGAGACUAGGGUGUUAGAGCUGGUCGAAAUCAAGCUCCCGAGUGACUCGGUGCUUGCACUUAUCCUCACGCUCGGACGCAAUGUCCCGGUCGUCCUCGUGGAAAUAAAGGUCCAGGACGUGGAGUUGCUCGUUCCUGAAGUUGAGGUCUCCAUAUUCCAGUUAAUAGUUGUGUUUUUGGUCCUGCUCCUACUCGUCCCAUAA